UAUCAACCACAUAGCCUCCCCUCAGCACGCGCACUCGCGCGCUCAUCCAUCCUGUACUCCACACACAAUUUUGCGCGCUCAGGAUUGUUUUCACCGGAUAUCUUGGAGCAAGUGGCGUGUUUUCUUCUGUGCAAGCAUUACUUCUCACUCUUGAUACUGAGGACUGGCUGGAAUUUAUUCUAACGCGAUAUUAUUUUUGAAACCAGCAAGAAAUAAUGAACCUCGUGAACUGUUUGGCUCUUUUCUUAGUGUGGCACGCGCACUCGGUCAGCGGGAGACAUGCAAACUGUCACUUUCUGUAUGAGCUGCAGAUGGCUGAGAAGGAAUGUUUGGGCGAACUGGCAGACUUUUCUGCAAACACCAAAGGUUGCAGCGGGAUGUGGGACAAUAUUUCUUGCUGGCACCAUGCAGAUUUUGGGGAGGUGGUCAUCAACACUUGCCCCGCUGUCCUAAAAAAUUUGUUCACCAGAGACGGGAUCAUUAGCAGGAACUGCACUAUGGAAGGCUGGUCCGACGUGUAUCCCAGCAUCCACAGCGUUUGCUUUGAGCCCAACCCGAAUGCAACCAAGCUUGUUUUCUACACGGUGAUGAAGGCCCUUUACACACUCGGACACAGCCUCUCUCUCAUCGCACUUAUCACCGGCAGCACCAUCCUCUGUCUGUUCAGAAAACUCCACUGCACCAGGAACUACAUCCAUCUGAACCUGUUCUUCUCCUUCAUACUGAGGGCAAUCGCUGUGCUGGUCAAAGAUGCCAUUCUGUUUUCCCACGAGAACGUAGAAUGUACAACGGAGCCAUCACUGAUUGGUUGCAAGGCCAGCCUGAUCAUCUUCAACUACUUCAUCAUGGCAAACUUCUACUGGUUGCUGGUGGAAGGUCUGUACCUACAUACCCUACUGAUGGUCAUCUUCUCCGAGAACAGACACUUCAUCAUCUAUCUCCUCAUUGGAUGGGGAUUCCCCACCGUGUUUGUGAUUCCAUGGAUUGUGUGUAGGAUUUACCUCGAGGACACAGGAUGCUGGGAGAGAAAUGACGCUCCGAUUCCCUGGCGGGUGAUCAACUGGCCAAUCAUGGCAUCUGUCAUUUUCAACUUUAUUCUGUUCAUCAGCAUCAUUCGAAUCCUGGUCCAGAAACUGAGGUGUCCCGAUGUUGGUGGAAACGAUCAGUCUCAGUACAGGAGGUUGGCCAAAUCCACACUUCUCUUGAUUCCUCUCUUUGGCAUCAACUAUGUUGUUUUCGUUUACAUCAUAGAAGAAAAUGGAGAGAUGGAAAACUACAAAAUAUUCUUUGACCUUGGCCUGGGAUCAUUUCAGGGCUUGGUGGUUGCGAUUUUGUAUUGUUUUUUGAAUAGUGAGGUCCAGAGCGAACUCAAGAGAAAGUGGCGAAGUUUGCGUUUAAAGCGCUACAUCGGCCGCGACUACCGUCUGCACAGUUCGUCCAUAUCCAGAAAUGGCACGGAAAACAUGGCCCAAUUCCAUCGUAACUCCAGAGCCCAGUCUUUCCUACAGACUGAGACCACCGUGGUGUGAGACAUCCCAAGAACAGAAGCGGCGCUAUAUGAAUCAUGCUCUUAGUUCACUGCCCCUCGGCUAUAACAACUCGUUUUCUGUUUCAAAAGCUUUACGCUGAAGAGGACGAGGCUUUCUGAAGCAUGAGAUUGACAUGCAGGAGACAUGAUGAGGAUUCAUCAGGUGUCAGAUCAUCUUGCUUCCCUACCAAAAUAAUGUUAAACCAAUCCUCUGGGAGUGAGAGUAUUGGUGCAUUAAAACUAUAAUUCUGAUCACAAUAUAUAUUGUUUUUUUGUAAACACUUUCAUAGCAUUAGGGCCAGAUUAUAUAACAGUGUUAUGUAAAUGCUACUUAAGACCCACAACCAUUUUCUUAAGCUCAUGGAGACAUGCUAUCAACACAGAACACACAGCCGCCACCCCAAGAACAAGUCUUGGAGGAAUUCAAAAAGUGGGUCACCUCUAUCCCAAACUCAAAUGAGAGGUUUUUACAAAGAGGACAUCACCGCUGGAGGCGUCCAGAUUAGUUUAGUCCAGAUUCUGACUUAUUUCAGGAGAAUAUGUCUUUCUUCAUAUACACACGGACACUGAAAAGUCAAACGAAAAGUGGUGAUUGUAAGAAAAAGCAAAAAUUCUUGCUCUUUUAUUGAACUGUUCUCGUGUCUGCUGCAUUACCUCGUGGAGAAAAGCCACAUUAUGAGCUCUCUCAGAUAUAAGAUUAUACUUUUUCAAGGAUAUGUAUAUUCUAACAUGUGAAUGUAAUUCAUUUCUUCGUUAUUAUGCGAGGAGAUUCAGUAUAGAGAGUUUUAUCGAUGAGUAGGUGGCAUGAAUAUUUAGCUGGCCUACGAAAAGAUCCAGCGAUAAACCAAACGCGACUCGCUGUUAUUACUUCGCGAACUCUUUUAUUUCAUAUCCCACUGGAUCAGUCAUUUCAAUGGAAGGUGUUGACGGCGUUUCUGAUUAUUUCGCUUUUGUGUUGCUCUGCCUCACAUUGUCAGGGGGGUUGGGGAAUUGUUCACUGCAACGAAUCCUGCUGCCUGUGCUCUUUUCAUUCAACUGAAAAACAGAUAAUUAAUCCAGCGGACAGUUGGACGCAGAUUUAGGUCAUGUGAGCUGACAAAACACAGCAAGUAUGAACGUGACAUUUCAAUGCGUUAUAGUCGCAAACAGAUUCUGGGGAGUGCGGUCCACAGACUGCACAAAGGCUUGAAGAGGAGUUCGGAUCUCUUACAGCCGGGCCUGGAGAGCAAAAGGUCCCCGGGACACCACGUGCGAGCUUGCGCUCAUCUAAAGUGACACAGAUGCCAUGGGCAGGGGCAUUCAGCAUCAUUAUCGGACUGUCAGAGGGAGAAGAAAAGAUGGAGCUUUAAUUAGACCUGGCAGAAAGGAAUUGUGUGUUGUCUAAACGAAAAUAUUGAAGGAGUUUGAAAGGUUUCUGGGGUUUAUUGUGGAGGACAGCAUGCCUCCGUGAAGAAUCUGGCGUGUUUGACGUGAUGUAAACAACGUUGUGCACUUCUUUACGUUUUUGCUGAAUGUUUCUUGUAAACUGUAUUGAGAUUUUACAUUAAAUGUGGACGUUUUUAACCUGUA